GUGUGUCAUGUCACUUGUCAAUUUGUGAAUGCGAAGUUGCUCUCGAUUUUUGCCGACUGUUUAGUUUAGUUGAAAAUGAAGUUAAUUAAUGUUUGUCCCCUCGUUAUCCUAGUAUUCAUUUUAGAUUUAGUUUCAGCUUUAUACUUCCACAUAGCGGAGGGUGAGAGGAAAUGUUUCAUCGAGGAGAUCCCAGAUGACACAACUGUGAUCGUGAACUAUAAAGUGGAGCUGUUCGACCCUCGUUCAGGUGGUUUUAUGCCAUCGUCCCCUGGUAUUGGAAUGCAUGUGGAAGUACGCGAUCCAAAUGAUCGUGUAGUACUUUCACGAGUAUAUUCCUCAGAGGGAAUGAUCUCCUUCACUUCAGCGACACCCGGUGAACAUACACUGUGCAUGUAUUCUAAUAGUACCUCUUGGUUCAGUGGAUCACAGUUACGUGUUCAUUUGGACAUUCAAGUUGGUGAGCAUGCUGUAGACUAUGCCAAUGUGGCACAGAAGGACAAACUCAGUGAGUUGCAAUUAAGAAUCAGACAGUUAUUGGAUCAAGUUCACCAAAUUACUAAGGAACAGAGUUAUCAAAGGCACCGUGAAGAAAGAUUCAGAAUGACAUCAGAGAGCACAAACUCAAGAGUUCUAUGGUGGAGUUUACUCCAGUCCGCUGUUUUACUAUCUAUAGGUUACUGGCAGAUGAGACAUCUUAAGAGUUUCUUUGAGGCUAAGAAAUUAGUUUAAAUUAUUACAUAAUUAACAGCUUAAGAGUGUAAACCUGCUUAUCUAUGAUAUAUAAGUUUUAUCAGCAUAUUUACAUUUCAUCUGGUGAAAGGGCAAUCUAGUUAGCAAAUUUGGGUACACCACUGCAGUGCAGUGGUAUCCUAGGAUACCAGUGCAAGGGUGUAUUAAUGGUGUAUUGCCUGAGAAGUUUCUAUUCACAACUUAGAAAUUAUAAUAAAUUGACUCUUGAUUUGAGUACAUUUCUCUUAUCAUAGGAAGCAGGUUUAUACUCUCAGCUGAUAAUUUCAUUAAAGUCAAACAAAUAUUUUAUAUUUAUAUUGAAUUCUUUACCCAAAAAGUAAGCUUAAAACAAUUUUUUUUAAUUACACAGAUAAUUUUGUUGUGAUUUACAUUUUUCAAUAAACUUUUAAAUUAU